UGUUCCUCAGCAGUGAUAUUUUUACCAUAAAUGUACAAAUGUGUGAGCUAGACUUAAGAGACUCAACUUUAUUCUGAGGUAGAGAGACAGAUACAUGACUACAGAGGCUGUAGAGACUCAAAACUACAAAACACCGAUCAAAGAGGUGAUGAGUUUUAGAAAAAAACCCUCUUGUUAUCAGCAGGAGAUGCCUAGUGUAAGCAGCAGCACAACGCAACCAAAACUGGCAUCCAGCAGAGCGGAAAGAGUAGAGAACAGUUACACCAUGAGUGUUGGGAAAGUAAAAAUUCCUCCGAAAAUCCUGCUCUCUCCAAAUUGCUCUGAGUGGGCUGGAGGUCUGUUCUGCGUGUGCCGAGCGGAGGCCGAGCCCAAAGCUAACGUCUCCUGGACGGUUGAUGGACGCCAUGCACUUUUCCCACAGUUCAAUAUCACAACCAGCUACAGCGAUACAGUGACAGUGUCGGAGUUAACCGGCCCACUGACCGGCAACGUAUCCUGUACCGCAUCCAACUACCUCUCCACAGACCUCCACCACACCACUGUCCUGAUUCCACAAUCAGACGGAAACUCUGUUAUAAUAGCCACCGUGGCUGCUGUUUGCGUCAUCCUGGGAGUUACUGUGGUGGCUGUUUACCUGAGAAGGAGACGUCAAAUCCCCCAACACUCUACCUCCAGUCAGCGUGCAUGUUCAAAUGAAAAUUUAAGCAAAACUGCUGAUGUGUGCGAAUCCAAUCUUUACGGUAACAAUGUGAAGGAUGACGAUAUUUACGCCAACACCAUGGAGAUAGAAGAGAUUUCUACAGAGAAGAAGAACAAAAGAAGAAAAGCACCUGAACCAAAGUAUUUUAUCGAUGACAUGGAUGACAUAUAUGCGAAUUGCUGAGAUCUUCUCGAUAUCUCCUCAUCGUGAUGACAGCUCUUCCUCCCAGAUCAUCUUCAGAAACCUUCAGUGCUACAGUACAAUACCUGUUAAGAUAUUGCGCUGUUUUACAUGCACUCAGUAAUCUGAUAAACCACUUUAACUGUGCAACCACUUUGGUUUUCUUCAAGAAAUGCGAUUUCUAUUUUUAGAUUGUGCUUUUUAGUCAAAUACUGUGAUUUAAUUUAGAGACAAUUAAUAUAUAAGUAAACAAAGCUAAAUUAAAUAUAUAUUUAUAUUUUAAAGUCAAACGAGCGCUGGAUGUUAAUCU